UCUCUCUGAGAGCAGCUGACGGUAAAUGUUGUGUAUUGAAUAAGCACAAAUUUCUUUGGGUUGCAAAGAUUUUUGUACCUCUUUGGCUAUCAGAACUAAGCUUUGAAGUAAGCUUUCAUGGUCUAAUGGAGGAUUAUAUUUAACAAAGAACCAUGUCGGCCGCCAUCGACCACAAAAUGGCCAACAAGUCGUUCGCCGUUCGCGAAUUUAAUGUCGAACGGAGAUCAAUCCCUUUGGCCAUACAGACGUAUUUUUGGCAACAGACAAGUCCGCUUCUCAAAACCAAGCUGGAAAAGAAAGAAUAUGAAACUGCUUCUGAGUCAUUAAAGAAUGUCAUCUGUGAGAAUAACCUCCAAGGGCUCCCAAGUGCUUUCAAGAGCGUCCCAAGGUGGUUCUUUGUUCACUCUUCACUCGCAUACAUCAUCCAGUGCUGUAGUGCUCUACUCAGCAACCGACACCAGCUUGGAUACUUUGACCGCCUCACUAACCCUGAACGAGAUCUGAUCUAUACACUACACUGGAUCCUAUUUGAAGCCCCAGGGAUUUGUGGCAUCGAAGACCCAGAAAACCUUCUUCAUCCAAUCUCAACGAUAGAGUUAUUUGUCCAUCUUCUCAUCCCACACGUUAAUAAAAUCAAAGAAAAAGAUUUGACAAACAGGUUAGAGAGUGGUCUUGCGCUAUGGAAGCCGCUACAAGCACACCAAAUUCCGGAACUACCAGCUUUCUGCCAUCCGGUCUUGUACAAGGAUCCUAAUUCUGAGGAUUUUGUGGGCCAACUCGUUGGCAUGGAUCCCGACGCCUCUGCGCGCAACAGCCAAACCUCCGAAUCUAAAAAAAUUGUUAACGAAGCUUUGCCAUUCAGCAGCGCUACUUUUUUUGACGUUGCUGUUUUGAGAUGUUUGCUGUCGAGUGGUUGGUGCGAGGAAGGGGUUUAUUGGUCAUUGAUUUACAUUACAGACUACCUUAGAAGAGAGUAUGACUUACCAGGAGCAAAGGAAAAGCAAAAGUUUGCUUCCGCAAGUGGUACAUCAUGGGGAAGAGCCGGAGGAGGGGAAGACACUGAGAGUGUUGAUAGUUAUGGCGGAUGUGUGCUCAAUAACCCCAUUCCUCUUGCAAAACCAGCAGAAACGCCGCCCAAACAUGACGUCCAGAUCCACAUCAGUAAUGAAGAUGACACUGAAAAGCCUUCAAGUGCAGUGACCGCUGAUACGAGCAAGGAACAAAUGUCUCCCGAGCAGGCAGAGCCCACAGAUACAAGAACAGAAGAUAUUCAGUUCACAUUAGAAGAUGACGACAAUGAUACAGGAAAACUAAUUGUCUCCGAAGAUGAGACCAGACACAGCAUUACAAAGUUGAGAAUUCGAGUUGAUUCCCCAGUAUCAGGUCGCCGUGGCCCUGUCUACUCUGCCAAACCAGUCGAGAUGUCCCCAGAAAAUGCCGCUAUAAAUGAUCUCAACUCUAGCCAAACAUUUUACAGUAUCUCUAUUACUCCCAGUACUCCCACAUUGGAAAUCGUAGAUGAAGUAAACACAGGCUCGACUAACAAGGGGUUUGACUUCAACGUUUCUAAGACAAAUGGACUUGACAACGGUGAUGUCGAGGAAGAUGAAACGAUUGUUACAGACGGUAUGAAGCAUUCCCAGAGCGCUGUAAAAGAUAAACAAAAUGUUCCAAGUGGUAAAGUUGGCCAGAAGACUAAUGAAGAAAAAGUUAAAAGCGAAAAGGCUGGUGCCUCUGAGGAUAAAAGUGGCGGUGAAGAAGCAGGAAUCAGCAAUGGCGCGAAGGCACUAGAUAUCGACAAGACACUCAUGAAUCAUUUUACGAUGCUCAACAACAUGGGUUCUAGUAGUGAGCUUAGUCUAGAGUCUGUAUCAUCUCUUGGUGAGGGAACACUUACUACUGUUACGCCGAGUAGUGGAAGCAACGAAGGGAAGAUUGCCGAUUCAUUCAGCAGCAUCACCAGCCAGUUAGAGUGCGAAGAAGCAUUAUUGAGAGGAAGCGAGAAGGAAACUGACAAGAAAGCUCUCCAAUCAAUGUCAAGUACAUCGGAAAGCAAAACCGUCGAAGCACAAUCAAGUCUGAACAGUGACGAGCUUCCAAGCAACCCAAAACAUGAAGCGAACACAAGCGAAAAGCAACAAGUAGUCGAGCCCAAACCGAAGGGAAGCGAGUCGAAGUUUGAAACAACCAGCUCGGUUUUUUCAGCCAGUGAUAUAGAAAAGCAAAGUCUUAUACGAGACAGCAGCACCGAGACUCAAGAUACUGCCGAAGUAGUUAGCCUACAACCAAGUAUUGGGACACUUAAUGCUCGUCGUAGUAUUGGUCGUGGAAUAAGAGACUCCAUGUUUCGUAUCGAACACUAUCUAGUCUUCCCGGGGGUGGGGGAUUACGUCACUUCUGAUGGUCGUCUGAGUAUUAUGGUCUUACUACAGGCUGUCAAUGGCGUUCUGAAGGAGAACUUGAGUGGACGUGUUUGCCAGAUCGGGUUGAAAGUCCUGGAACUGUUAUUGAUGAUUCAUGAUAAAGAAAAAGAGAGAAAAAGGACCAGUGCGGUGUCUAGCACGUGUGCUCUAGAUGACAGGACGGUGACUGAGUGCAUGGCAAUAGGUACUAGGAUGUAUCAAACAGAGACGAUCCUUUCUCGUCUCAGACCCAACUUUUAUGGCCGUCCUCCUACAAUAUAUACACUAUCAUUGGGCUGUGGUAUCAGACUGAUACGUGCUUUGGGCUGUCCACUGGGUUGUGGUGAAGGUUGCCAUGCGUAUAGAGGUGAUAUCCUGCGAGAGCAGUCCAACGCUUACCUCGCCAAUAUACAGAAGCAGGACGACAAGGCGUUUAAAGGCUGGCUCUCGAACUAUGCAAAAAUUGAACCAGUCGAAGAUGUUGUUGAUUUCCUACACGCUUUAGUUGGGUUUUGCGAUGAGUGCAAUCCGUUUGCUACCGAAGAAGAAGAAUCAGGAGGCAAGAAGAACAAAGGCAAGCUGUUCGGUAUUAAGGAAGGGGUAGAGGGAGUUAUUCUGGAUGCUCUGCUCAAACCACUUGUUAGCCGUGUGGCAGAGAUGAAGUUGACUGAGCUGGAUGCCCUGACUUUCUAUGGAGAACUGCGUCAGUUACUUCGCUACAUCAAGGAUAAUUAUGGCGGCGUAUUUUGGAAAGUCGCCAUGAGUGGAUUAAUGGAUUGUGCGUACAAAGGCAAGAAAGAAGAUGCUAACGGAGCUAACAAGGACGCUAGCAAACCCUCAUCUUCAAAGGAUCCGGCACGAGCUGUCAAGAAAGAGCCAAGUAUUUCCAAAGGAGACAAAAUGACUCCCAAGUCGACAAGACGAAAGUUUUUCAAGGGCCAGAAAUUUGGACGGACCACUGAUGGGUCGGAGAAUGACCUUCGUGCUCUCGGUUCGUCCACUAUUAGCAGAACUAUCUCUGAUGGAACGAGUCUUGAAGACACUAUGUCGCCCCGGUCCAAGAGGAAGAUAUUUAGUCUUGGAGCAUGGCGGAAACAGCGGGCCAUUGGACAGAACUACGACAGUGACGAGGACGGGGACGAUUCUCCUGACAACUCACUACCACAAAUAAGCCUUAAGAAAAAACGCUUUAAAGAAAAAACCAGAAAGAAGCUAGACGAUGUGUUCCCGAUGAAGGCAGUCAACAAGAAGCUAAUUACUUCGUCUUCCUCCUCGCUACCAGAUAACGGCUCUCCGACUGUCGAUAUAGCGGUACCAGAUUAUGAGAGAAGACCGGUAGAUAUUGGAGCGCUUAGAGAGGGAAUGAUUAGAUUGAGAUUUUUAGUGAAUGCAUCGCAACCCGGUGCUGUCCCUGAUCCACAUAUCGUGGCAGCUAUGCUGGAACUGGAAGCACCAGUCGUAGCUCGUGCAGCUCUACUUCUUGAAUGCGCGCAUCUCGUCCACCGCUGUAACAAAGGAGAAUGGCCGACAUGGCUGCGUGGUAGCCUGCCUAACUUAGCACAAAGGAAGGGUAACGCCCCGAAAGCUAUCUCGUUAUCUACUCCACGGCGUAAUCUCGUCGCUAUGCACGAAGCAGGUAAGCUGUUCCACAGCUGGGGCGUUGCCUUAGGACAGAAACUCGAAACGGUGUUGAAGAAAAAGAAGCAGAGCUUGCCCUCUAUACAAGAAGAGGAAGGGAAACGAGUUGAACUACUGGAAGAAGAAUUCGAGGAAGACUUUCUUGAUGAAGGUACACUAAGUGAAUCGAGCCAAGGGUGUCCUUAUCCCUUGAAGAUGAUUGCUUGUCAAUUACUGAUCGAAAUCACGGGGUUUCUCCGUGAGAGUCAUGGUAUCUAUCAAAUACGACGCGAUAGCAAAGGUAUGCAGGGGCGUGGCAGAGGACGGAAGAGUUUUGGUGGCGGUGCUGGAGAAAAAAGAAGGUCAACCCACUUUGGUGAUACUCAUCCUAUUCGUUUGAGCGGGUAUUUCGGAGGAGGAGGAGAAAGAAUCAGGAAGUAUAGUGCUAUCAGCCAGAGUUCAGUCCCAUCGGAAAUCAGUACCACUGUAAGCACUAGUCCUGGACGAAGCAGCCCACACGAACCUCCUGUUAUCAUCGUCCCCGACCAAGAAGUCAAAGCAGCAGACGACUCGAUUCUCUUGAGAAGGCGAGCAUCAGAUAUCGGUAAAGAAAGAAAACUGUCAGAUAUCGGCCCACAAGACAACAUCUCGUCUCCCAAGAGGAGCAGUCUACAUCUACCAAGAUCGAGCCUUGGCAGCUCAAGCCCCAAGCUCAACAAGACAACUCGUUCAAGUGUUGGUUUCGGAAGCGACUUCGACAACACACGACCAAAGGGAAAGAGAGCUACAGUCAAAGGCAAACGACAGAGCGGGCCUGAGUCGAGCUCAGGUGGAACACAUGAAGACGAUGACGAGUCCGAGGAUGACGAAACCACUCGGUUCCCAUGGUUACAUUCUGUAACAAUGUUGAACAGUUUCACGUCAUAUCUUUGUGAUCACCAGUCAAGAUGUCCUUCAAAUUGCCAUCAAAGACAAACUCGUCUAUGUGCCCGGCUCAUCAAAGCUUUACAGAACGUUUACUCGGGCUCUUCUGACAAAACUCUGGAGAGAGAAAAAGAAAAGCCUGAAAAACUUGACAAGAGUAAGAGCAGGACUGGGUUCACCUUGACGAGCCUACACCUCGGUUCCCCUCAACACAGCCUCUCAGGAAACGACUUCAAGAACUGCAAAGAGAAGACCGAUGAAGUUAUGCUCGAGUACAUUAAAAGCAAACUCUGUGGUCUAACACACUGUGCAUUCUCGCUCAUCUCGAAAGCCGGUACGGUGAUUGAUCGUGAACUGUUGGAGGAGACGCUGCCUAUCUCCUGGGAGCUGCUGCUUGAUGGAGACCAACAGCUGGUGUCUGCUGCUGCCUCGGUGUUCUUGUUGUGUGGCAUACGCUUGAAGGAUAAAGUAACAGAGAUUUUGUUCAAGGAACUCACGUGUAAUGACCCGGAUGACAGGGUCAGAUCUCUCUUGAGGUAUGAAGUGCUAUGGCAGUCUAGGUACCAUGCCUGGCCAAGGUUAGAGGAGGGAGCCUCGUAUAUACUUAGGGUACCCCCACCAAAAGUUGACUUCACCCUCCCCUCCCCACCACUUGGCUUACAUGCCAACCAAGCACCAGACUGUCCCUGGGACCCCGUCAUGUUGCUUGAGGAGCAGCCAGGCAACAGAAAAGCCAAGAACAAAGAUAAGAAGAAAGUUAAGGAGGCUGUGGAAGCAGAAGCUAAGAAAAAGAUGAGACAAAACUUCCCACUCAGGACACUACCAGUGUCUCUUGAAGCUACCAUGGGAUCUAAUGACGAAGAGAAAGCUGGGCAUUUACGUUGGUUUCAUCUUAAAUGGGAGCAGGCACAAGGACGAGUCAAGGACGAAAAUACGCAACCUGAAUCUGGUCAUCAAGUAAACGCAGAAUUGUGGCCUGCAGCUCUAUCGUCAGCGAUACCUCACAUCAUUAAGUUACUGGAUGAUGUUGUGGUUGACAGUAAUAAGACUGCAGUGAUGGAGGUGGCAUAUCGUAUCAUAUGGAAUUGUUUGGUAGAGGAUCCAGUGCUGUUCUUUCGAACUAUACUCGAAGAUAUCACCAAGAAAGAUAAACAGGAAGAGCUAAUCGUUCUUAUCAGAAAGCUGUUCAUGUAUAUUGACAAGCUUCCACCUGCAGCUGCUAGGUUCUUGUUGAAUAACUUGGUUGGAGUCGUAAUGUAUUACGCACGUACGAACAGAGCUGGAGCACAAGACUCAGUAGCUCUCAUCCUGUCACUAACAUGGGAGCUCGUCCCCAGUGUACGCGGUUUGUAUUUCAAGGACAUCAAACAGUCUUUGAGGAAGGAACAUUGUGAAGGUGCAAUGCUGGUCUUUGCUAAUGUACCAGGAACUAAGAAAUUAGCAGUCACUUGCUGUGAAAAAGAGAGUAUGACUGAAAGAAUUCCAGUCAACGACGACAUGACGUUCGGUAAAGUUAUCUCUUAUCUUCGUUCUCGCUUCAACCUUGAAGAACCUAACUUGUAUUUGAUCGACACUAAAUCAGAUCAAAUCCUGGAGGAAAGAGACUUUGUGCGUGAUGUGUUCUCGUUUAGAAAGGGAUUCCCGAGUCCGCAACUGAAGCUGGAGUUAGUUGAUCCUGAUAAAGCAUUCCUGAAACGACAAGCACAGGCAUUCACCAAUAAACUGGCUGAUACUGGUCGCAUAAUGCUGUGUGCAUCUAUCCUGAAUGCAUUACCAAACCAGAAACACUCCUCUUUCUUACAAGAAGAGUUCAGUCGCCAGACAUCGUUCCCCAGGAAGGCGUUGGCGUGUGAAUUUGGUUUGUACGGCAAYGGAGCAAAAGGGAAUGAGUUGUUUGGUAUGGAUGUCAUCCAUAAGAUGUACUGGGUUAAUCUCAUCGUGUCUCUACUGCAGUACAUGCCCCGUGACUUCCCAUGGAGCUUUGCGGACCUAACGCUCUUUUUGAACGUGAUCAAUGGAGCCAUUCUCCUUCACUGCGAGGAUACGGCAAUGAUUCGUUUGUGCAUGGCGUCGCUCAUCAAUAUCUGUAUUCAUUUUGAUCACAUUUUCAUUUCUGACGGCUUCCAGUUUAUUUUCCCAUCGUUGCUUCAAGUCUACGCCCAUCACCAAGGCAACGACAUGGUUCGACAGGCUGUGGAGUUUACGAUGAGUCAGUUCUACAUCCUGCAUCAAAAGCCAUGUGUCCUACAGCUGCUUGCCAGCGUGGCACCAAUACUACAAGUAGAUACUAAACUCCAAGACCCAACAGAAACCUCAGCAGAAGAACCUCUUGCUCUGGUCUCUCCCAAGUGUCUGUUUGCUUUACUCAAUUCUCUAGAUGUCACCACCCCAGACAAUCUGGAUAUUCUUGAACUGGUUUAUGAAGAAAAGCCUCUGAGACCCUUGGAUUCGUGUUACGAUGAUAACAAUGACCCAGUAGGAGAGACUAAAGUAGAUGAAGCCAUUCGCCUCUGUGUCACCGUCGUUGACUUUGCUCCAGAGUCCAAGCGAUCCGCACAAAUGCUGGUCGUUCUGUCUGCUAUCUUGCCGUAUUAUUUGGAGUUCUUAGCCGAGGGCAGUCAUUCGGGAGACUUGGAGCAAAUGAAAGCAGAAGCCCAGGCCAUCACGUCACUCAGUACUUUAAUCAAAGUUCUGAUCAAGAGCUCUGAUGUGCUUACAAGGUCGUUCGUUCAUUUCCAAACCUUUAAAUCUAUGACAGAUCGUAGUCACAUGCAGCACAGUAGCUGGCAGUCGACCACGUCACUGAACAUCAGUAAUAAGGGUAGUAUAAGCAGCUAUGAUGGUCCACAGUACGAUGAUGAUGACGAGGAAGAUGGUGAAGGAAGGCAUGGUCCUCCAUUACUUGAGCGUCUACGGGCCAUAAAAGAGAAGAAUGAGGUGAUGGAGGCCCUAGAGGUGUACCGAAAGCCAAGGAAUGCUCUACUAGUGCUGGUAGCUGAUUAUGUGAGCAUCUGUACUCGUCGAGUGGAGAUACUCAAGAAAAACCUGCCAGCGAGGUUAACCAUACCUGAUUUACUAGAUGAUAUUAGUAUUAUACUUCUUGCCGAGAUCAUGUACUCGCUGAUGAAGCUUGCAGUUUACGAUCCAGUCACUAUGAGUAGUCCUGGAGUACAAAGGUACAUGUUACAAGCCCUACCAGUCAUUGAUUGGAUGCCAGAAGCAGUUGAGCCUGCAGUCAAUCUAGUCCUCAAACGACUGAGCAAGAUAUUUGAUAAACUGAUACAAAAACCAGAUCUCGUGAGGAACAUUGAAUGGAAGGCGCUUGACUCGUACGUCAGAGGGAUUUACAUGGUGCUGUGUCAUCAGACCUACAUCGCCAAGUCUCAGUACUUGAAGUCUCUUGUGACAACAUGCAUCAGCUUUGUUUUGGAGGAGCGUCCUUCUGUUACCAUCUCCCUAACAGCAUUCCUUCCUAUGGCUCCUAUAUGUGCACCACCGGCGUUCUUCUGCGAUACCAUCAUGAGGCUGGCUGCGCGACUUAUGUUCUUACUCAAGAACGAGUACACCUUACAAGAGCUCUGUGGAGGCAGCUCAGAUUUUGGUUAUCCAGUUAGAACAGAGAAGGUUUUUGUGAGGAUUCUCUUGCCCAUUCUAAUCAGACUCGGCUCGCGAAGACCAGAUGCCCCACACGCGUCUCCAGAAGACGUGGUGUUUGCUCUYAAGUGUUUCCUUCGCGUAGUCACAACCAAAAACUCUGAUGUCCCUGGUGCGCCUCCUACGCGUCUGUCAGUCAUCCAGGAUGAAUGUGAAGCACCUCGAGCCUUAUCCAUCUCAGAUGCUCUUACUUCUACCGGUGGAACACAUAUCGAUACCAUACCCAACAGCUUGUAUGAUGCUGCUUAUUUAGGUCUCAAGAUACUAGUGAUUUGCUUUGAGGACGAGUUGUCAACAGAAUGGUUCAAAAUCUUCAACGCAAUUGACAAAAUCGUCGAUAACAAUGUUGUUGGCACAGCCUUCUGGGAUUUUAUUCACUUCGUUGUCUCAUACCGUACACCGCUGUACAUAAUGAUUAUGCCUCUCAUUCAGACGAAGGUGUCUGGGCUCACUCCAGCGUCCCCAACAGAACGCGCUUUCAAACAGCAAGCACUAGACAGGCUCGCUCGACCACAUCAUGUUUGCAACUGCAAGAAAGCGGUUAUCCAAGGCUUCCUGGAUGAGCUGAACAUCCUCAAGGGGAAUACAAAACCCAAACCAGAAGAGGCUGCACAACCAAAUACCAUCACGCUAAACACUCCACCCACUGGACGAUCCAAUGAGAAASCAAAAACCAAAACAGAAAACGGAGAAGAAGACAUCGGUUCUAAACCGAACAAGAAGACCGUGACAUUCUCAACAGAAAUUAAACACGAAGACUCGGGGUUGGAGCUUGAAAGCAAAACAAGUCAAGACCAGAGACGCAAGAAAUGGAUCAUGCAUAAACACCCAUCAAUAGAGACWACUGAAAAUGGUACUACCUCAGAUACAGUUGAUUCUCCGUUUGAACGCAAGCGAGGRACRGGCUAUCGAGGUAGAAAAACUCCAGUUUCAGAUCAUUCAGCGGGAYCGAGGGAACGAAAGCACAAACUAGGUCURCCAAGCUCGUUUUCUGAGGAUGGGGAAACUGUUGCCUCGAACAAGAAGMCCGAGGAUUUGGAGACGGAGGUGCUUAAGGGUAGCUUGUCUCUUCCGGUUGACUUGGACAAGGAACCAGUUCAGCUGUCAAUAGAAAAAUUAAAAGAAGAAUCAAAACCGCGAAUGCAGGARGUAUCAGAUCCCGAACAGGAUUCUAAUCUACCGGUUAAAGUUGUCCUAUCACCUAAACGCAAGCCCAAACUGGAAAAACAAGGACUUCCCAUCAUCGARGAUGUAGAUGAAGAGAGCAAAGCACCACCUAGUAAUAACCAAGUGCGGAGUCCACGAAAACUUGGUUUAUCGACAGACUAUCAUAAUAUUUCCCCAGAGAAAAAAGAGUUUAAUUUAAAGCACGAAGCAAAAACGGAGAAGCUGAAUCUUGAUAACGAUGAUUCAAAUCUGACGAAUAUCGACGUGAAUAUGUUCAACAAGGAACUCAAAGAGACGACCCUUGAUGAGAAGACGUUAGGGGAAGCUGAUUUAGAUGUCCUGUCGUCAGAUUCAAGCCCUUCGAAGUAUGGAAUUGACGAAUCAGAUGAGGAGUUUCUUGAUGCCAUGUCGGAAUGGCCAAAAGAGGUUGCYUUGGCAAUGSAGCGGCUGAAUUCUCCACAUCAAGAAAACCAAAACSAAGAUUGGAACRAAGAUGGCAACAUUCUUGAUGACAUUCCUAUGUAUCCGUGUUCGUCGACGUCGACGGUUGCUAAGCGACAGAUGGAUGGUAUUGCUUCUUAUACUCCGCACCAUCCGCUGGCCACUAAACACUACGAGGUYGAUGAAACAAGUGAAGGGAGACCGCGGUUAAAUGAGGUCAGCAGUAAUAAUAAUUUUACACAUGCGUACGCCUCUACUGAUACUGAACCAGAUGAGACUCCCUGCCUUAAUCUGCCUACGCCUUCGCCUCUACCUAACGGCCCGAGUACAUCUAUACCAACACCUUAUGUCAAGUCAGGACUGAGGUCCGAUUCAUCACCAGAUGUCCUGGAAUCCAUUAAGCCGUCUCCGCCCGUGGAAGGUUCCUUCUCGACGAACAAGCGUCGUUCCGUCCCUUCGUACGUUAUUAAAAUCAAUGGUCCCCUGAAUGAACAUCCGGUUGAUAACGGUUCUGACGAGGAUGGGUCUCGGAUGUGGCAUCGUUUGCAUUCCGGUUUAGAUCAUAGUAAAACUAUGGUUCCUCUUGCUUCUGAGGAACAYAUUGGGUCUGAGUUGUCGAUCGUGUUUGGAAAUUCAGCUUCCCUGGAUGAUUUCUCUCGUGAAACCAACGUGUGAACCAAAGAACGAAUGUUAGAACCUURAAGGAAGAUAUUUUAAAGGAAGGGCUGGUUCGUACCCAGGUCAUUUGAASACGGUCAAAGAUGAACGAGCGAGAUCUGGUUCUAUUCCUGAGAGAAAAGAAAAAACUUGAAAGGAAUCAAACAGAGUUGAGAAUUAUUUCAGAAAUACACGAUGAUAUCAUUAUC